ACUUUGAGACGCAACUACAGUUACAGCUACAGAUACACAAAAACACCGAGAACCAUCUACUUAAGUUCAUGUAUAGGAUGCACUUCCGAUGCUAAUUCACGGCGUAAUUUCCCCGCAACUGUGCUGUAGUUCUAUUGCAGGUUUGCAGCUUGUACGUGAAUGCAGUAGGACUACAUUACACAGAGUGCACCGCGAUUGACGAAACUCAAAUGGCGACUGAACGACAAAUCGGCUGAUGAUAAUAUACGUGAGGUACAACCUGGGGCCCUGCGUCCCCGUGGAGCUGCAGGAGGAGGCCAGCGUGGCGGACCUUCAGCAGCUGGUGGGGAGUCAGCAGGGGGUCCACGCUGAGCUCCUUAGGGUGCUGUUUGCUGGAAGAGAGCUAAAGAGCAGCUUCACACUGCAGGGUUGUGACCUCCCGGAGCAGAGCACUGUCCAUGUGGUCCUCCCUAAGUCGGCCCCAACCCCCGGACAUCUGCUCCUCCUGCGGGAGCGCCUGGCUGGAGGAGGUCAGGAGGAGGGGAAUAGUUUGGCCAGGUUAGAUAUCAGCUCGUCACGCUUCCCCUGCACCCCCCCCGGCCUGGACGGGAGUAAUGGUGGAGGAGGGGAAGGAGCAGAAGGAGGUGACAGAGAGCAGGUGCAGGCUGCCAGUUUGAAAGGUGUGCGUACCUGCAGUACUUUCUUUGUGUACUGUAAGAGAUGUAAGUCAAUCCAACCCGGCAAGCUCAGGGUGUGUUGCAGCAGCUGCAGAGAAACAACAUUCACCCUCAGCAGGGGUCCGUCCUGUUGGGACGAUGUCCUCCUCCCAGGUCGUGUUCACGGCUUCUGUCAAUCAGACGCUUGUGUCGGCAACGAAGCGGAGUUUUACAUGAAGUGUGCGUCCCAUCCAACGCCAGAGGACGAAGUGUCUGUGGCCCUCGACCUCAUUAUGACCAACAGCCGGGAGGUCCCCUGUAUGGCCUGCUCCGACACCACGGAGCUGGUCCUGGUAUUCCAGUGUGCAGAGCGUCAUGUGAUCUGUCUCCACUGUUUCCAUCGUUACUGUCAGACUCGUCUCAAUGACAGACGUUUUUUUUCUCACCCUGUGAUUGGUUACUCGCUGCCAUGUGCUGCCGGCUGCGCUGACUCUCUCAUUAAAGAGUUGCAUCAUUUCAGGAUUCUCGGGGACGAUCAGUAUGGGCGUUACCAAAAGUACGGGGCGGAGGAGUGUCUUCUUAUGAAUGGAGGACUGAUGUGUCCGUCACCUGGCUGUGGAGCGGGGCUUAUCCCACCUGAUGACAGCAGGAGGGUGACGUGUGACAGACAUCUCGGCUGUGGCUUUGUCUUCUGCAAAUGUUGCAGGGAGGGGUACCAUGAGGGGGCAUGUCUCACUGAACAGGCCCCACCCAUAGCGGAAUCCUCCCAGGGCUUCGUGGUGGAGGAGGAGGCGUCUGUCAAAGGGAGGUGGGAUCAAGCCUCCUUGCUCCUCCUGCAGGAGACGACUAAACGCUGUCCUCAGUGCUCGGUUCCUGUGGAGAGAGACGGCGGAUGCAUGCACAUGCAGUGCCCCCUAUGCAGGGCUGAGUGGUGUUGGCUCUGUGGAGUUUCCUGGAACACAGACUGUAUGGGCAACCAUUGGUUUGGAUAAAAUACGAUUUACAACUUCACGUCUCCUGCUCAAAGGCACUUAUGUAACCAACUUAUGUAACCUGUCUAAAGUAUCAGUGUUCAUAUCAGAAAUGUAAUCUUGACCUUUCAGUCAGUCCAAUUAAAUAUGUUCACUCAAA